AUGGUUCUGCGAUCAGAUACAUCCCCGUUCACUCCCGAGUUCGACACUCUGGUGCACAAGCAGCUGGAAAAAUGGAAAGUCCCAGGCCUGACCAUCGCCAUCGUCCAUGGCCCCAGAGCCUAUUCCAAGGCCUACGGUAUUGCUGAAUUCCCAGCAAAGAAAAUGACUACCGGCUCGCUCUUCUCCACCUGCAGCACCACCAAAGCCUUCACAGCCGCAGCCGUAUCCCUAGCAAUCGACGAUAGCAAUAUAUCAUGGGACACGCCCAUCUCCACCCUCAUCCCCGACGACUUCGUCCUCGCUAAUGAGCACGCCACUACCAGCACAACCCUCGAAGACGCCCUCUCCCAUCGCUCCGGCCUACCAGGCCACGAAUCUGCCAUGGCAAUGGCCAACCCGAGGGAAACCCUCCGCGACGAAGUACGCAAACUCAGAUCCCUCCCUCUAGCCACGUCCCCCCGCUCGACCUGGGCCUACUGCAACCACAUGUACAUGGCCGUCUCACACGCUCUCGUGACCCUUACGCAUCAACCACUCGGAACCACGCUGAAACACCGCAUCUGGGGCCCUCUGGACAUGCACCACACCUACUUCUCCAUCGCCGAGGCCAAGCAAUCACCCGACGCGAGGUCCUUAGUCCGGGGCUACACCUUCGUCCCUGAUCUCAACACCUACAUCCCCGAACCACACAUGAACUACGCCCCGACCACCGGCGCCGGGUCCAUAGUCAGCACCGUCCUCGACUACGCAAAGUGGAUCCGAUCGUGGAUCCAUUGCUCGGGUCCGCUGUCUAGCACUGCAUACGCAUCAUUGCUCACGCCUAGGUCAAUCAUCACAAACGACGAGGGGCUAGUUGUUCCGGACGCGCCGUACCAUCUCUACGCGCUAGGCUGGUUCGUCGAUCAGAUUCGCGGAGAGCAGCUUUACUGGCAUAGUGGCAGUUGGCCCGGGUUUGGGAUUAUGGUUGGUUUUGUGCCGGGCAGGGAGUGGGGGUUUGCGAUGAUGGGGAAUGCGGUGGAUGCGAGGGAGGUGGAGAAGGAGAUUUAUUUGUAUUUGAUUGGGAGGUUGCAGUCGCAGUCGCAGUCAGGGGGAAAUGGGUGUGAUGGUCUGCGCGAGGAUAGGACAGCUGGAAAGAAGGAGCCGGGCAAGAGAACUGGAACUGGAACUGGAGCUGAGAGUGUAGAGGAGGCGAAGAAACGCGUCUUCCCUUCUCUUCCGGAUCCGCUGCUUCCGCAUGUCCUACCUCUGCAUCUAUACGCUGGAACGUAUAGAAACGAGGGCUACGGAUCCUUCGGGCUAGUGGCUGAGAAAGGGAGGCUAGGUGCUGAUCUGACAGAUAGAGCGAUAAGACAGAAACUGGAGUUCGAGCAUGCGAGCGGCGAGUUCUUCGUUUGUUUGGCGUAUGUUCCGGCGCAGGGGAAGGGCCUGGGACAGAAGUUUCAGGCGGAGUUUUAUGUUGAUGUCAAUGGGACGGCCAGAAGGGUUGGUGUGGAUUUUGAGCCUGCGCUGGGGGGAGAGAAGAUUUGGUUUGAGAGGGUUGGUUGAUUUCCUUUUUUCUUUGUACUUUGGGUGUAGGUUUGACGGUGG